CUUCUUCCCUCCCCCGCCGUUCUCCACGCAUCAGUGGAACCGGAGGGAGGAGACCGAUGAGAGAGGAGACUGGAAGGAGGAAAAGUGAAAGAAGAAGAAAAGAAAAGGGUAUUGAUGAAAGAAAUGAAGGCAAGAAAAGAAGGGUCCUGCGGGUGGUGGAGAGCCCCGCGCGUCCUCUUGUCUGCCUACUGGCGCCCGGAACCCGCCGCGGCUCUGCGCUCGUAACCGCAGCGCGCAGUCAGCUCCGCCGCCCCGAGAGCAGUCGGGACACGCCACUGCCCUCCAGGACAACGCUGGCUCCGCAGUGGGUAACCCCUACCAAUCCAUGCCCUAGGCCUGGGGGGGACCACCUUUCCCUCGCCAGACUGCUGCGGGCUGCGCUCAGGCCUGAAAGAAGUGGACCGUGAUAGGGCACUGUGUGGAAACAACGUGGGCUGCACCGCACUCUGGAAGAAACCCUAAGAUGUAGGCUUGAUUUUCCUGUGGCUAGGAGAGGCUGAGGUGAUCUUGAAUUGGACUGUGAGCCUUUCGCUGACUACUUAUCAGAACAGGAACAUGAAGAAGUGGAGUGAUGACAGAAACCAGACAUCCAAACUAUCACAAUAUGAAUAUUUCAGUGAGAUCCUGACCAGAAACUGGAGGUGAAAUCUGCGAUGUUUCUGACCAACGUUGCAGCAAAACUUCCAAAAAGAUAGUGUGGAAGCCAAGAAGUCCAAGAUAAGGCAAAGCAGAUUUGGAGUCUGUCUGGUAUCCAUAUUUCAGCCAUAUUAAUCUUUUAAAACAAAAAAAAUGGAUUUCUUAAAUUCAUCUGAUCAAAAUUUAACCUCAGAGGAACUGUUAAACAGAAUGCCAUCCAAAAUUCUUGUGUCCCUCACUCUCUCCGGGCUGGCACUGAUGACAACGACCAUCAACUCCCUUGUGAUUGCUGCAAUUAUUGUGACCCGGAAGCUGCACCACCCGGCCAAUUAUUUAAUUUGCUCCCUUGCAGUCACAGAUUUCCUUGUAGCCGUCCUGGUGAUGCCCUUCAGUAUUGUGUAUAUUGUGAGAGAGAGCUGGAUCAUGGGGCAAGUGGUCUGUGACAUUUGGCUGAGUGUCGAUAUUAUCUGUUGUACGUGCUCCAUUUUGCAUCUCUCAGCUAUAGCUUUGGAUCGAUAUCGGGCAAUCACAGAUGCUGUUGAGUAUGCCAGGAAAAGGACUCCCAAGCACGCCGGCAUUAUGAUUACAAUAGUUUGGGUUAUAUCAGUUUUUAUCUCCAUGCCUCCUCUAUUCUGGAGACACCAAGGAACUAGCCGAAACGAUGAGUGUGUCAUCAAGCAUGACCACAUUGUUUCUACCAUUUACUCAACAUUUGGAGCUUUCUACAUCCCACUUGUAUUGAUUUUGAUCCUCUACUACAAAAUAUAUAGAGCAGCAAAGACAUUAUACCACAAGAGACAAGCAAGCAGAAUUGCAAAGGAAGAGCUGAAUGGCCAAGUCCUCUUGGAGAGUGGUGAGAAAAGCACUAGACUGGUCUCCACGCCCUACAUGCUAGAAAAGUCUUUAUCUGAUCCAUCAACAGACUUUGAUAAAAUUCAUAGCACAGUGAAAAGUUCCAGGUCUGAAUUGAAGCAUGAGAAAUCUUGGAGAAGGCAAAAGAUCUCAGGCACAAGAGAACGCAAAGCAGCCACUACCCUAGGAUUAAUCUUGGGUGCAUUUGUGAUAUGUUGGCUUCCUUUUUUUGUAAAAGAAUUGGUUGUUAAUGUUUGUGAAAAAUGUAAAAUUUCUGAAGAAAUGUCAAAUUUUUUGGCAUGGCUUGGUUAUCUCAAUUCCCUUAUAAAUCCACUGAUUUAUACAAUCUUUAAUGAAGACUUUAAGAAAGCAUUCCAAAAACUUGUGCGCUGUCGAUGUUAGUUUAAACAAAGUUUAUCAUUUUAGGGUAGAGGUUUUUUAUUUUGCAGGGGAGUAACUAAAUGAGUGUUAAAUAAUAUAACAUUAAAAACUUUUAGAGGAAAUAUUAAAACUGCUAAAAGGAUAGAAUUUUUUUAAUAGCACCAUUAAUAUAAAGUGUAUUGAUUUGAUCAUUCUAAUCAAAAUUAGAAAAUAAUUUAUGCAGGUUAUAAUAUUUUGCCUAUGCAAUGUAUCUAAAAAACUAACUGGAAAAAUAUAUGUAUAUGGUAUUAAUGACAAUAAUUUUCUAGGUUCAUAUCUUACAAUAAUUAUAGAAGAAUUUUCAGUUAAUGACAUACUUCCAUCCAUAAUUUCCCUAUAAUCCUAUUGUUUUAUUAUGUAACCCUUUAUUUUACAGAAAAGAUAUAAUUUUACAAGGCACACAUUUCUCCUUCUUAACCACUUCUCCACCAUACCCUGACCAUUAACAAUUCACUUAGUAUGAGUGAGGAUCAAUACUGUCUUUGUAUUUAGGUGGUACAGAGUAAUCAUAAAAUGGGUUAGGUAUUGCAAAAUAAUUCUGGAUACUGAAUGUGUAUAUUUUAAAUUAUCUGUCUGUUUGUUAUAAGUUUCUAGAAGAAUAUUAUCUUAACCAUGUAGUAUCAACGUUUGAAAUCAAAUCCUUACCCAAGGGGUGGGGGGAAUUUUAAUUGCCCCUUGUUUAUUUUAGAAUAAUUUAAGGCACUAAGUACUCUAGGUUAUUCACCAUAGUUAUUAUACUUCCUAUCUCUUAUUUAAAAUAGAAAAUAUAUUUCACUUCUAUUAAUAUUAAUUCGUUGUUACUAAAUAUCUGUUACUUUACACUUCAUCUCAAUACCUUUGAUUUGAAUACAUUUCCUUCAUAUGAGAGAGAAUGUAAUAAGAACUCUUUACAACUUUCCCUUUAAUUAAACAUCUCUAGCUUUCUGAUUGGUGAAAACAAAUCAUCGUUGAAGACCCAUGGUAAACCAAGACUAUUUAUAAAACAACAUAUGCCUUUAUUUUUGAGUUGCACCUUUGCCUGUAUUUUAAAAUACACUUUGCUGGUGGGGUGAUUAAGAGCAUGUUACAUCUUUUUUAAAUAUAUCUGUGAUACAUUACUCUCAAUCUAAUAAAUAUUUACAGUUUCCAUUUUAUAUAAGGCAUUGAGACAGGUAUUAAAUAGAAGAUACAGGAAAAAUAAAAUACCGUUUCUUGUCUUCAUACAUGUUUACAAUCAAAAAGAAGAAACAAUACAAAGUUAAAACUAUAAUAGAAAAGAACAACAAGGAUUUGGCAAGAAAGUUAUUUACAUAGUUAUAAUGGUAUAGAGAAAAAAUUGACCACAUCUGGUUGAGAAAAAUCAGGAAAUCAGAAAAAUCAGAAAAUUUUCAUAAAGAAUGUAUCUAAAAUGGUGUCAAAUAACACUAGGGUUUAGACCAGAGAAAUGGAAGAGCACAUUCCAAUUCCUCUCAUUCUCUUAACAUCUCUUUCCCAUCCUCACUUACCAAGAUUUGAUUCUGUGGUUGAUUUAUUCAAAGAACUUGAAGAAGCUAAAAUGAUCUGUUAAAUUAAUUUAUUUAUACCCAUAUCUUAAAUUUAUAUAUUUACAUUGGGAAAUUCUAAGACACAUAAACCAUCAACCCAAAAGAACAAAUUUCAGGCAGGUGAGGGCCACCCAAAUAUAGAUACUGCCUUCUAAUUUGAGUUGGACGGAAGCUCAAAUCCAGAAAGUUUAUACCAUAAGUGAAGGGAAGUCAAAUAUUCCUUCAGAGUUCAGAAAAGAAUCAAGUUUAUUAUGUCUCUGAGUGUGAGGUCAUUUUGUCAAUGUGAAGGAACCACAGCACAUCAUAGUAAUUUUCACUUCAUGUGUGUGUUUUCCCCAUAAGCUAAGGGUCCUUACUGAUCCUGCCAUCCCUCAUGAACAAAUAUGAGUGAUUUUUCUUUAAAAAUAUCUUUAAAUGUAGGGGAUGCAGGGACUAAUAAUCUGCAAUUUUUACAUUCUUUGAAAUUUAUAAAGAACACAUUUAAUUAACAUGAUAUAUUUCCCAGAAUAUACACAAUUUAGUCUCUCAAUGAAAAAUUUUCCAAGUUACUAAAAGCUCAUGAUUUACCAUCUAUAAUAAAUGAAAUAAUAUAGCAAUUCAUUUAUUUAAGUAACAACAGAGGAACAAAAUGUAAAUAUUACAGAAAGUGAUUAAGUAGGAGAAAUGAAAGUUUACUUCCUGAUAGAAAUUGUAUACAACAAUACCAAAAAAAUAAGUGAAGAAUUUAUUUUUGAUCUGCUCCUCUGAAUCUUUUCAAAUAUAGGAUAUGUGAAAAGCAAAGAAAAUCAAAAAAGAAAUCCAACAAAUGGAUACUAAAUUCAGCAAAGCAAUCUAUCUUUAGACAUAACUAUGCACAAAUUUUACUUGAAAAUACACUUCCGCUGUGAAAUGUGCCCAAGAUUAUUUUCCUUUUGUUAAUAGGUUUGGUUGGUUUGGUUUUACAAUAGGCCCAUAGCACAAACAGCUUUAUCCAGGUGGGUAGCAUUCGAUGAGUUGAUCCUUAAGGAAAACCAGUUUCCUUUUUGAAUUUCCAAAACCUAUCCUCCUUUUCCUUUUCUGGUUUGUGAUUCCCCAGUCAUCUAUGUUACUUAUCAGUUGUGUUGAUUACAAACUAGUUCUCUUAGUAGAGUAUAAUCCCCAUAUUUAUAGGUUCAGUCUUAAUCUUGGCCCUCUUACCCAAGUAUUUUUAAAAUCAAAAACAAUGAAGAAUUACCUGGAAGCCAGUUACUAGAAAAUGUGUUUAUUUAUUCCCCAAAAUAGCAUGAAGAAGGAAAUAAUCAUACAUUUAUUGCUAAAAGGCAUUCCUCCACUUCAAGGAAGAAACUGUUUUCUUGUGAAUUCAUACAAAACUAUUUUUGACUUAUAGGUCAGAGAAACAGAUUUAAUGCAUUUCAACAGAAAGAAAAUAUGAAUGAUUUUUUUCCUUAAUAUAUUCCAAAGUGCUUCAAAACUAAUCCUGCUUAAUUCAAAAUGUGUCCAUAUUAAAGUAAUUUGCUUCAGAGAUGUGUUUCUAAUAUCUUCCUAAUAACUAAAGUGAUUAUAUUCAAACUCUUAUU